AUGAAGAAGAAGAACAAUUUACAUGAUCCACCUUCUACACCACCUGUUACCAAUCAAUCUAAUUCCUCAUUUCUGCGCCUGCCAAAAGCUUCUCCAAAAGCUUCACAUACAACUACCUCUCAUCCUCCUUGCCGUACGAAUGUACGCAAAAUCUCACUCAUACAGGCCUCAAAAUCUCUAAAUCGUACAGUACUACGCCUUGUUGGAAGCGCUGACGACGAGCCCGGUACCAAAUAUUACUCUCCCAACACAGCCCACGCUAACGGACGCGGUCACAAUCGCCUGGCAGCUGGACAUUAG